UCUGCUUUUUCCUCCGGGGGCUUCUGCACUAAUGUGGAAUGUAUCGCUGAACUCAUGCAAAACAUGCCAUUAAAAACUAUCUCCUGUGACGGUGACAGCACACGGACUCCCCUGCGGAAAAAAAGUUUCCUGUUUCUGCGACUCUGACUUGUCCAGAGCGAGUCACUGACAUCAGCGGCUGCUCCCUACCUUUCUUUCAUUCUUCCCUCCACCUCAUUCAACCCUGCAGCCAAUCAGGAGACAGGAAUGUCUGGACUGUGUGGGAUAGGCAGUGUUGCGUCACACCGAUGGGAGGAUAAAUGAAGGCGGGCAGGUUGAGUUGAACACAAGCACCUGUCAGUCUCUCUGUCGAGCUCGGUGGACUGCAGAUACUAACUGUACAUCACCACUCAAGCGUGUUAAACUCCCGAGAAUGGCUUCCUCACUGCGGAACGCUGUCUUUAUCACUGUUACACUGUGUGUGCUGCAGCAAGGGAUUGGAUAUCCACUAUCUGAACAGUCUGAAGCAUCUAGCAAUCCACCUGCUCUCAAACGGGUCCGUACCAAACGCUGCUCCUGUAGCAGCUGGUCAGACAACGAGUGCAUCUAUUUCUGCCAUUUGGACAUCAUCUGGGUCAACACACCGAAUAAGAUCACACCUUUCGGUCUGGGAAGCCCUCUGUCCCGUCGCCGGCGCUCCACGGGCCGCUGUGAAUGCGCCAAGCCCGCCGACCGGACCUGCUCCAGUUUCUGUCACAGCAGUUUGGAAAAUCCAGAUAUGGAGAUUGUGACCCAAUUUGAUGACCAGCAAUAUCACAUGGACAAAACUAGCGACUACCUACUGUCAUCUCUCAGGAAGGUGGUUGAAGAAAACCUCGUGACAGCCUCACGAUCGGCUUCAACCAAGAAGAAAUCCAGACUCAGGAAUCUCUUGAUCAGUUAGAGAGAGAGAUGAGGUGACGGAGCGCCUGAACAAACCCAGUCCUGGAUGAAGGGGAUCUGCCUCGUGAGACAGACAGAGCUGAAGUGCUGAAGAACAAAGCCUCAGUUACAUCAGUUCAAGAGGAGCAGAAACGUCUGUUCGCCAGAGUAAAAGAUGAUUUAGUUGGUGAAAAGAAGAACAGAUCACCUGCUGCACCAGUGAAAUGGUGAUAUUUCCAAAAACAGUAGAAGUACUGUAAACAUAGUUUAACAUUACCAUCUGAGAAGACAUGCAGGUUAGGGUGGAAAAGAUGAGAGAAAUUAAAAAUAAACCCCCUUUACCCUCUGCCUGAAAGACUUUAGAUACUGUAUAAUCUCUAUUAUUGA